UGAAACCAUCACUCUCAAAUGCCAAAACCACAAUAGACGCUGUUUUCAUUUCCAAAUCAAUCCAUCCCUGGAAAUAGGGCAAACCACAGAAAAGAAUAAUGAUGGGAAUCUUUAUUCACAUGAGAAACGUAACCAAACGCUCCUUCCUUCUUCAACAACUAUCAUCAUCCAAUCCCACCAGAGAUUCAAAUUCCAUCGCCAAUUCCCCUGUUUGGCUACAAUCUCCAUUUUCCGCACAAUGCACCAGUCUUCACCAUCUCUCUAAGAUUAGGGUUUCCAAAACCUCUCCCUCAGCCUUCUAUAUAUCAUCUCCUUCAUAUUCAUCUUCUGCAUCAUCAUCGUCGUCGUACUCAAAGAUGGGACUUCUUGUAUGGUAUUUGGGUAAGCUCGAGUCUCGUCCUCUGCUCACUAAAAGCGUCACUGCCGCGUUUAUUUUCGCCGCUGCUGACUUGACCUCCCAGACGAUUACAAUGUCAUCUUUUGGUUCCUUUGACUUUCUAAGGACAUUACGUAUGGCUGGAUACGGGAUGCUUAUUUUAGGGCCAGCACAGCAUAUGUGGUAUAAUUUCAUGGGAAGAGUGCUACCAAAGCGUGAUGUAGUCACUACCUUGAAGAAACUUGUCGCGGGGCAGCUUACUUAUGGACCUACUGUCAAUGCUAUUUUCUUCUCCUUCAAUGCGGCUCUACAAGGUGAAAGUGGGAUUGAGGUUGUUGCCAGAUUGAAACGAGACCUUAUCCCAACACUAGUAAAUGGUCUUUUUUACUGGCCACUGUGUGAUUUUCUUACAUUAAAAGUUAUCCCCGUCCAUUUGCAGCCAUUGGUGAAUAGUUCAUUUUCAUACUUGUGGACCAUAUAUUUGACGUACAUGGCAAGUUUGAAGAAGCCGAGUGGUGAUUAGUUUUGGAGUUUUUUAAAUUUAGAUAUUCCUCAUCAUUUUUGCCCGGUGAAACCCAACAAGGAUAAAAAAAAAAAGGGCAAUAAACCAUUUAGCGGAGCCAGUUUUGAUUGGAGGAAAGGCCAAAGGAGUUGAACCUCUGCAGUUGCAGGUAAAUACAGUUUCAAUUUCCAAGGAUCGUGGUUGAGUUGUCAUUUUUUUUUUCCUAGUUGAUACCAGUUGUCAAAUUCUUUUUUCCUAAUUCAUUUGGUCUUAAAUUCUUUAAAAUUUCAAUUUAGUUUUGCCUUUGCAUCUAAAAAGAUACUGUGGCUGAAUUUUUUUGCUUAAAUUCUCAGUUCAAAUGUUA